UUGUACUGUGUCCGGUGAAAAGUUCAGACUCAAGUGGUUUAUGUACAUAUAUGUGUUGUUUAAGUAAUUAUUUUGUCUGGUCUGAAUUAAUUAAUCUUGAAUUGCUCACAUGCCCAGUUCAACACAGUUGUAUGUAACGUGCUAACCUCCUCAAUCCUCCACUUUCCAAACAUUUCUGCAAAAUUUCAGAGCCUGUUUAUGUUAAUUUACACCACACAGCUUAUUAUUUUCCUCCAUUUCACCAAACCUAAUUUUAUUUUAUUUUUUUACAUGACACUUCUCACUUGCUUGCUUCUUAAUUCAUGUCGUGGCCAUCUCUCUUUCAGUUUAGUUUAAUUGCUCUCACUUCCCUUUUGUUAUUGCUUCACGUUAUCAAUUAUUUGCACUUUUGAAUCCUUGGGCUUGUUUUUCACUUGUUUUUGUUCAUGUUUUGUUUUCUGGGUUAUUAGUAGUAGUAUCAUCAUUUCAUGGUUUUGUUGUAAAGAGGGUUUAGAUUCUCUUAUUUUUCUUUUUUAUAUAUGGGAUGGAUUUGGUGCUGCAAGUUUCAUCCUUGGUGCUAAAAGUUAGCUGGGCAUUUGCUGUCUUUUUGGUACUUGUAGGAUCUGCAGAUCCAACAUCUGCAGCAACUUUUGAUGCAAUUUCUCCAGUUGGAGAAGGUUCCACCGGCCCUGUCCCUCAAUGGAAGCAAUUAAAUCAUAAUGCAACAAGUCCAUUUCAGUCAAGCGCUGUAUCUCCGCCUAUCACUUCGCCCCCAGCACCAGAAAACACAAAAGAUCAGGCACCUUUAUUGUCCCCCAGUACUCCUACACCAUCACAGCCAAGUAAAUUUUCUUCUCCUACAACUUUUCCCGGCAUCGCUCCAAAUGUCCCACCAAGUGCUUCUCAGGGACAGCCACCGCCUACUAAAGACCCUGAAUUGGCUCCUGAAGAUCCAGCACCUGUUGUAUCACCCCCAAUAAAGUCACCAGCAAAGUCCCCUAGUAUCAAUCCCUUCAUGCCAGGCUCUGCGCCACCAAGUUCCCAAAAUAGCCAGACACCAGAUGAUACGGCUCCUUUAUCUGCACCAAUAGCGCCGGACACAGUACAGAGUUCACCGCCACCAAGGGAGAUGCUUCAGACACCGCCAACAAGCCAACCUACUCUGCCUAAGGUACCAGACAAUAAGGCUCCUCUAUCCGCGCCAACAGCUCCAGGGCAAGUUGCCCCGCCACCAAGAAACCUGCUACAAGCACCACCAAUAAGCCAGCCUACUGUGCCUCAAUUACAAAUGACACCUCCACCAAAGGAGAUGCUACAAACGCCACCAGCAAGCCAACCUAUUCUACCUAAAUUACCGGAUAAUAAGCCUCCUCUAUCCCUGCCAGUAGCUCCAGUACAAAUUGCACCACCACCAAGGGAUAUGCUGCGCAAACCACCAACACACCAGCCUGUUGUGCCUGAAGUACAAAGCGCAUCGCCACCAAGGGGACUGCUACAAACGCCACCAGCAAACCAACCUAUUCCGCCUAAAGUACCUGAUAAUAAGGCUCCUCUAUUUGUGCCAAUUGCUCCAUUGAAAAAUGCACCACCACCGAGGGACAUGCAACAAACGCCACCGACAAGCCUACCUAGUGUGCCUGAAACACCACCAUCCGACCCCCCUGCUACUUCACCUCCACAUAACUUACCAAGAUAUGCACCACCCAUCCAUCCAGAAGGGCCCAAAGUACCUCCAUCUAUAUCACCAGAAUCUGAUAUCUCUCCUGUAUCCACUACUCCACCAAGCUUUAACCCAAAAAAAAGAGGAAUACCUGUUGCUGCCCCAUCCCAUGCGGUGCCAAAACAGUUUUCACCCCCCAACCUUUCUCCUGCUGCAUCUCCUCAGAACAAUUCCCCAAGGGAUGCUGAAAGUGCUUCUCCGCCUCUUGUAGUACUUUCUCCUACACCUUUACCUUCAACCGCGUCAUAUAGACAUCAUGGAAAGAUGAAUAUCAGUAGCCCUGGUCCAUCUUCUUAUCUGGCUCCUCCUCCUGAGUCAGCUGAUAGAGGGAAGCCUCUUUCACCAGGUUCACCUCGUCAAACUAGAAUGCCCUUUCUUUCACCUGAAAUUUCUCCUUCCGUAUCUUCACCAAUGAUUCCAAAGAUUCCACAUCUGCGACCUAUUCAAGCCUUUCCACCUCCACCUCCUAAUGCAGAGUGCAAACCAUUACCUUGCGACGAGCCACUUACCAAUACUCUUCCUGGAUUUCCUUGUGGCUGCAUCUUGCCAAUGCAAGUUGGGCUGCGCCUCAGCGUAUCACUCUAUACAUUUUUUCCUUUGGUUUCAGAGUUUGCUACUGAAGUUGCUUCUGGAGCAUUUAUGAAACAAAGUCAAGUUCGGAUAAUGGGGGCAAAUGCAGCCACCGAGGAUCCAGAAAAGACUAUUGUUUUGAUGGAUUUGGUACCAUUUGGAGAAGAUUUUGAUAACAAUACAGCUUAUUUGACUUAUCAAAGAUUCUGGCACAAACAAGUGCCUAUAAGCACUUUUUAUUUUGGUGAUUAUGAAGUUCUUUAUGUGCGUUAUACAGGUCUUCCUGACUCUCCACCUUCUGCACCUUUAAGUGAUACUGAGCCUCAUGACAGUAAAGGGGGGACCAUAAAGCCCGUGGGGGUUGAUAUCAGGAGAGGACAGCACAAGAAAGGGCUUAAAGGCAGUGUUAUUGCAGUUAUAGUUUUAUCAGCCUUGAUAGCUAUGGUUCUAAUCUGUGCAAUUGCUUGGAUCAUGUUCUUUAGGCAUAGAGAUCAUGAUUAUCAAGUGCAGGAAAAUCCACAGACUAAGCAACUUUCACUUGCAAAAUCCUCAGGGAUUGCUACUUCUAUGACUGGUAGUGGACCCAGUUCCAUUUCUCCAUCAUAUAAUGCUACAAUUGCACCUUAUACUGGUACUGCAAAGACUUUUACCUUGAAUGACAUGGAAAGAGCAACUGACAACUUUGCUGCUUCAAGAGUGCUCGGAGAAGGUGGAUUUGGUCUUGUUUAUGGUGGUGUCCUUGAAGAUGGGACUAAAGUGGCUGUCAAGGUGCUUAAAAGAGAUGAUCAACAGGGAGAUCGUGAAUUCUUAAGCGAAGUUGAAAUGCUUAGUCGCCUUCAUCACAGAAACUUAGUCGCAUUGAUUGGGAUAUGUACAGAAGAACAUGCCCGCUGCUUAAUCUAUGAACUAAUUCCAAAUGGAAGCGUGGAAUCUCAUUUACAUGGAAUCGACAAGGAAGAUGCUCCACUUGAUUGGGGUGCCCGUUUGAAGAUAGCACUUGGUGCUGCUCGAGGUCUAGCUUAUCUGCAUGAAGAUUCGAGUCCACGUGUCAUACACAGGGACUUUAAGUCCAGCAACAUUUUGCUGGAACAUGAUUAUACACCAAAAGUGUCUGAUUUUGGUUUGGCGCGCUCUGCAUUGGAUGAGGAGAGCAGGCACAUUUCAACCCGUGUCAUGGGGACUUUUGGCUAUGUGGCUCCAGAAUAUGCAAUGACAGGACAUCUUCUUGUGAAGAGUGAUGUUUACAGUUAUGGAGUAGUCUUACUUGAGCUUUUAACAGGAAGAAAACCAGUGGACAUGUCUCAGCCUCCCGGUCAAGAGAACCUAGUUACUUGGUCCCGUCCACUCCUCACAAGUGAAGAAGGUUUAGAAUUGAUAGUAGACAAAUCUUUGGGGCCAAAUUUUCCUUUCGACAGUAUCUCUAAAGUAGCAGCUAUCGCAUCAAUGUGUGUUCAGUCGGAGGUUUCACAUCGUCCAUUUAUGGGUGAGGUAGUUCAGGCCUUAAAACUAGUGUCCAACGAAUGUGAUGCGACAAAAGACUUAGGAUCUAGAAGCUGUAGCCAAGAGGAUCUCUCAGUUGAUUUUGAUGCAAGGUCUAGUACACAUUCUGAUCAUUUACCUGAUCGCUUCCAAAUACAGUCUCCUCUUUCUGAUUACGAAUCGGCAAUCUCCGUUGAUAGAGGGCUACCCUUGUCAGAACUAUAUAGUACAUCAGCAAAAAUAGGGAAGACAGAUUCGGAGUCAUUUAGGAGGCACUCAAGUUCUGGUCCUUUGAGAAGCGAAAGUGUUUUGCCACUCUGGCAGAGGAUGAGAAGAUCAUCAGGUGGCAGUGUAAGUGAACACGGGGCAAUGUUCAAGCUAUGGAAUGGAUAUCAUUAAGAGUUUGUCAUACUCAUAGUUUCAUUAUUGUCCAGUUUUUGAAGGGAUAAAAGUUGAAGUGCAUCAUUCAUUUGAUCCAACUGGAUCAAAUUGAGUCAUUUUUUACAACAGAGUGACCAACCGGAUACAUUUGAACCAAACUAGUCUGAUAGUAUCCUGUCGUUUUUUAAAAUGUUGGACUUAAUCGGAAAUAAGCAAAGGUAAGUAAUAUUCGAUUACCGAAUAAAAGUUGUACAUAAAAGUGCAUAUUAUGCCAAACAAAACUAAAUGGACGGCUAUUGAAGGUUGGUUUAGGUCAAGGUUUGGAUUAUGUUCAACUAAUUUUUGCAUGAUCUUUAAUGUU